CGAGUGAACAGCUACCACGGUUGUGGUCACCGGGAGCCCACUGUAUAAGAGCCAGCUGUUGAAUAAGCAGUCUAUUCUCCUCCACCGAUAUCGUCCGACCACCCAUUCCCGGCACGACGAUGUUGUCGGUGCGCCUCGCGAGAAGCGCGCCAUGGGCCGCCCACCACACGCGAGCUACCUUUAGCCUGCGAGUCUUGAGAUGCUUAAGCACGGCGACGGACGCGAUUCCGAACAAGCCCAAGGUCUGGGACUCUGUAGACGAGGCUAUUAAGGACGUCAAGUCGGGAGAUACCCUGCUGUGCGGAGGCUUUGGUCUUGCUGGUGUCCCAGAUACCCUAUUGGCGGCUCUCGUGAAGAGGAAAGACGUCAACAAGUUGACAGCUGUGUCCAACAAUGCCGGUGCCGGCGACUCUGGCCUCGGGAAGCUGUUCAAUAGCAAGCAGAUUGAGAAAGUCAUUGCUUCAUACCCUGGAGGGAAUAAAGCCUUUGAGGCUCUAUACCUCAAUGGCGAGGUGUCCAUGGAACUUUGUCCGCAGGGGACGCUCGUUGAGCGUAUCCGGGCGCACGCGGCGGGUAUCCCAGCCUUCUUUACUCCCACUGGUGCAUCGACAGCCGUAGAAGAGGGGUCCAUCGCUCAGCGGUACAAUGAAGGUGGCUUCAAGAGCGGUGUGAAAAUCCCCGGUAUCAAGAAAGAGGCAAGGGAGUUCAAGGGCAGGCGCUAUGUCAUGGAGGAGUCCAUUGCUGGCGACGUCGCUUUUAUUCGGGCUUGGAAGGUAGAUGAGGUUGGAAACGCGGUUUUCAGGUAUACCCAGAACAACUUCAGCACGGCUAUGGCAAAGAACGCGAAGCUUACCAUUGUAGAGGCUGAUAACAUUGUCCCGGUUGGCUCCAUAUCUCCUAACGCUAUUCACGUCCCCGGCAUCUACAUCGAUCGUAUUGUCCAAGCGACUGAGCCCAAGCGAAUCGAGUAUACCACCCUUGCACCAGACCCGUCCGAACAAUCGUCUUCUGAAAGUCCUGAGAAGGCUGCAGCGAAGCAGCAGCGCCAUAGGAUUGCCAGACGCGCGGCCAAGGAGAUCAAGGAUGGAUUCUACGUUAACCUCGGUAUUGGUAUGCCCACACUCGUCCCGGAACACUUGCCACCCGGCGUCAAAGCUUGGUGGCAGAGCGAGAACGGUAUUCUUGGCAUGGGUCCAUACCCCACAAAGGACCAGCUUGACCCAGACAUCAUUAACGCCGGUAAGGAGACCGUCACGUUGCUUCCUGGUGCCUCUAUAUUCGAUUCUAGCGAGUCUUUUGCCAUGAUUCGUGGUGGCCACAUUGACAUUGCCAUCCUUGGUGCCAUGGAGGUUUCCCAAGCUGGUGAUAUCGCCAACUUCAUGAUCCCAGGGAAGCUUGUGAAGGGUAUUGGCGGUGCCAUGGAUUUGGUCUCGAACCCGGACAAGACCAAGGUCAUUGCAGUGAUGGAGCACUGCGCAAAGGAUGGCAGCCCGAAGAUAUUGAAGGAGUGCAAUUUGCCCCUGACGGGCUCGCGGGCCGUCAGCCUGAUCAUCACCGAGCUUGCCGUGUUUGAGGUUGAUCGGAAGGAUGGCGGUUUAGAGCUGAUUGAGCUGAUGGAAGGCGCUACGCUCGAUGAAGUGAGAGCCAAGACCGGCUGUGAUUUCCGGGUUAAGAGGGAUUUGAGCAAGCUUUAAAGCGUUCGAGAAACUCCCUGUUGUAUUCAUAGUAAUCAUUAUCGUGUUUUACCG